CCGCCGCCAUUGGCGGCCCGGCACUGCCACUCAGCGCCGCCGGGGCGUGGGCGGCGGCGGCGCUGGGCCGGGGGGAGCCGCGAGGCCGGGAGCGGGGUAGGCUGCGCCCGUACUUAAGCGGGCUGCCCGAGCCGCUGACGUCUUUCGAAUUGGAGACGGGCUGCCCCCCUCCCGCCGCGGGCGCCCGCGGACACAGCCGGGGACGGAGCCAAGAUACGAGUGUCUGUCUAGAAUGCCCAGGCAUGCACAGCAGCUUAGAGACCCUGAUAUAAAUCCAUGUGUAGCGGAAACAGAUGCCUCUAGAAAAUGUAUGGAUGACAACAACUAUAACAAGGAUAUGUGUACUGCUUAUUUUUUGAAGUACAAAAGCUGUAGAAAGUUCUGGCAUGACAUUAUGAUGCAGAGGAAAAGAAGUGGUGUAAAACCAGAGAUGCCCUCAGCAGAAGAGAGAAAGAAAAUGUUGGAAACAAUGGAGAAGCCCUACUGACUAGAAACUUGCAUUGAUUGACUGUUUUCACUGUAUAUAUGAAAACUUAGCAGCAAGUUGCCCUUUUAUGAACUGGACUUUACGGUUGCCUUGGAUUAAAAUAAGUUCUUAAAUUUUGAAAUGUGUAAGCUUUCUAAGAUAGAACUUCUUGGUUUUAUUCAUAUUCCCUGUCAUGGCAACUUGGUCUCUCACUGGAAGACAUGGCUAUCAACACAACUUAUGUCUAGACACUUCAGAACUAGAAACUAACUUGCUGUGAAAUGCUAAGUAGAAAAUGAAUGGGACUCACAGAAAGUCUGUUUGAAAAGUCGGGGCUGGUGACUGUUGCAGUGCAGUUGUAAGGGUGGAGCAGGUUGGGAGACUGAUGUGUGCAACAUGUUUCUUGUAUCCAGCUAUUCUGCCUAAUAGUAUGGAUUUAUCAUGUGUGAUCUUAUCACUGUUCACAUGAGCUGUGUUCUGCGUCCCUGCUUUAAAUAAGACUGUUCAUGAACUAAAAUCCCAAAGCUUGUCAUUCGGUCUGCCACUGCACUCAUUGGUGACAGCAGAAGCUUGCAAUAAAUCAGAUCUGCAAGCUUCACUUGUUACAAGGUUAGAGAGGUUGAUGAAGAUAGAACUGGACUCCUUAGGUCUGAACUGAGUGGUACCUUCUGUGGAUAGUAAAUAGAUACUUUGCUGGUGGGGAGGCGGGGUGGGGACGAACUUGUAACCAUGUAAACAUAUACUCUGAGUGACAUGGCAGGUUUAACUAUAGUACAUCUAUCUAAGACUGGACAGCUGAAGCCCUGGGUUUGGAAAUGCUUACUCAUACAAGACUACAAAGCUCAGUUUGAACAGGUACCCUGAUCUUAAGUAAGAUUGAUUCCUUAACUAAACUGAACAACUAGUAAGCAUAAAUGGGUUGCCGUCUAGUGGAAACACUGUUUUCUUACAUCUAGUACCUUCUGGUGUCCUGGCUUAAAAGCUUGCACCCUGUGGUAAAACAGAAAAACCACUGUCAUGAGCUCAAGUUCCAUGUGAAAUCCUUUAGGACUUACUGUGAUCAAGUUGGCAGAACUCUGGCUGACCUCAUGGAGGAUAGUGUAAAAGUGUUGUGUCUCUAUUUAGACUGUUUUGGAAAGACUUCAUGGCUUCCUGUUUCUCCUUCUGUCUGGCUUGUCUUGUUUCUUUCCACUGGAGGCCUAUUUCUAUGCUUAGUGGGAUUUUUAUGCUGUUUCCAGCUUCCCCCUUGUUAUUUGACCUGACUAGUAACUAAUGGAGAUCUGCUUUUCCUCUUCCUCUUCUUUCUAUCUGUUCUCCUUGUGCAAAUGAGUUUUGAAAUUAAUUGAUCGUACCCUUUCUGUUAUUAGAAUGAGUGUGUUACCCUAUGCCUUUUGAGUAUGCAAUUCUCUGAGCAUAGCUGUGCAGCCUGCAAGCCAUGUCACAAGUUUUCUAGUCAGUUCUGGCAAGGGAAAUAGCCUUUCUUCGAUCAAGAUCAGCAGAUUCUUGAUUUUAAAUUACUUUCUCUGCACUUAAAAUUAAAACUUUGGCUCUUUUUUUUUGUGUGUGGAACAGAGAAGAACCUUUCAUUACAGAUUUAAAGGCUCUUUCUUGCCCACAGCCUCCUUGUCAUCUUCUUCCAAUGCCUUCCUACAUAACCAGUCUUUUUUUUUCUUCCCCUCCCCAUUUGGCACCAAUUCUUUUUUUACCAAUUUGAGCAUUUUGGUCUGUUCUCCUUCCAAAUUUUUUCUAGUAGCGUUGUUCUGUCUCUGAUCUAACGAUGUAGUCCUGUCAUGACUUUCUAACACAGGUCCUCUUGUAGGUCUUGUGUUCUCUGUUGUCCCUGUCUUAGUGAGAGGAAUAUUCCUUGCUUUCAUUAGUCAAACUUAGCCAUAAUACUUUAAUGGCCAUGCUUCUAUUUGACCUUCCUGUUCAUCUGGGGUUUUGGAGGAGCUGAUUGACCCCUUUCCCUUAGGGCUGUGUCUCUCUGGACUCUUCUGGUUCUGCUGCCUUGCUUGUCUAAGGGCACCUUCUCUCGCACUUGGCACAAGUUUGUCAUUUGGCACCUCUGCUGUAUCUUUGGGCAUGUUCUUUGCUUCUGUGGCUUUAGCUACUAUUCUAGUGCUUGCUGUUUUCCUGUUGCUGCGCUCUGAUGUUCCAGGCUUACAUUAAAAUCUACUGCAGGUCUUAGUUCUAGGAAAGAAAAACAGCAUCUUCUCGUGAUGUGAUUAUGCUGAUUCUUCCUUGCAUAAGCUCAAAUUCCUUAAAGUCAUUUAUAUUAGGUUUUCCUUUCAAGUUUUCUUUGAGUGUGGAAAUGCCCUUUCUCCUAGGUUAAUUGUUACAUUUACAUUUUUUUUUUUUUCUGCUGAUGCUUGGAAAAUUUCCACUGUUUUUGUUUUCUUUUAAAGGAUGACUAACUUAUUUUUAGAUUUUAAUAGGUACCAUGCACUACUUUGUAGAGCGUUUGCAAGGAACUAGUACUGGACUUCAGAAAGUCAGAAAAGGCGAUGCAUUUUCUGCUUUCAAGUAUCGGUGCAAGAAUGUGGGCUCCCAGGACAGGCUAAGGCACAUGUAAUGCAAGAACUGUAUUCUAAUAUUAGACUUCCUAAUCGUCAGUGGACACACAUGGUAAGCUCUCUGUGGGUGUUACGACACAAUUGAGUUUAGUGAAGAACUGAGGGCAGUUUAAGCAGUGACCUUGUAGAUUUAUUUCAGGUGAUCAGUCACAGGUUGUAGACAAUGUCAUUUAUUAAUUUAUUCUCAUUGUAUAUGUUUCAUAGUUACUGUUAAAUAACACAAUGUUAUGAAAAAUCUUGUCAAAGCAAGAAGGUUUCUUCCUCAUGUCCUAAUGCUUCUCAAAAGUGAUCUUAGUUCAGUCUGAGUUUUCAUCAUUUUUCCCCCUCACUGGAGGUUGCUGUUCUUGCUUUCGCUACUGAAGCUCAAGAGUGGUAAGUUAUGAUAGCUAAAACAUAGGUUCUUAUGUAUGAAAUGUUUGAGUUUUUUCCAUUAAUUUUUGUAGUGCAAUUAACUGUCUUUGGUUGUGAGCCAAAGAUAAUGUUCUUUUCCUCAUACCUGAGAGCUUAUAUUCCACACUUCACUGAAGCGCUGAGGUAAGCUGUAGCCUGCCAGUCUUACUGGGCAGAAGUAAACUGGGCUGAAUUCUUAGUUUUGCUAAAGCACACUCUUGUGUACUAACCCAGAAAACAUAACACAGUGGAUCAAUAUAAUUAAUUCAGAAGCAGGGAAAAGACCUGGGGGUUCCUUUUUUUUGUUGUUGUUUAAUAGGUGUAAUUUUUCAUUUUGCUUGUGGUACAAGGACCAAAUCUGGAUAGUGGCAUUAAUGUUUGGAUUUUUUUUUUGUUUGACAGCUGGAUGGUGCUGUUGCACAACAGACUGUAUGAAAACAGAAUCGCUCCACCCACUACUGGCUUUUUCGAGCUUUUUUAGCCUCUUCCCACCGAGAUAGCAGAAUUCUUGCAGGAGUAGGGAAGAUUGGUGCUGUCUCUACACUAUGAACAGAAGAGAAGGAUGUGUAAAUCACUACUGGAAAAUAAGUUUCUGUGCAGCCUGAGAAACUUUGGAAUAUGGUCCUUGAAAGAGUAUUUUUCACUGUGGUCAUUUGGUCACAGCUGAGCACUGAGCAGCAGCUGCAGGUUCUCUGCCAGGCCCAUGUGAAUGUCCAGACUCCCAUCUGCACGUUUUACCAUCUUACCUUUCCCAUUACUUUAUAGUGCAAGGCCUUUGUAUGUUUGGCUCGGGAAGUUUGCUGCUGCCACAAUUGGGAUGAGAGUGUGCUCUCAAAAGUGUUGAAGUCUUCUAGCUCUACAGUCCCGAAAAUUUCUUUAGGUUUAAUAGCUGAAACUUUGAAAGGCAGGGUGUUGCAUGCUGCAGCCCUUGGGUCUGUUUUGUGGUCUUCUAAUAAAACCUUUGCACUCGUGUGAACAAGGGCAUGCAUAUAGGGGAGGUUUCCCUAAAACUCCUGCAGAAUAGAUGGGAUGAAUUUAGAGUAUAGAAUGUUACUCUGCUGUAAUGCUUAACUUCUACUAAGUGUCUGCAUCUUUAAUGUCUGUCUCCCAAAAUAGCUAUGAAAAAAAAGUAAUGGUAGUAUGAAAAAAGUUUGGAUAAAUAGUACACUCUUGCAGACUUGUAUUCUCUUGCAAGAAUUUGAGGCAACUGGAGGCAGUAGUUCUGUAAGUAUUAAAGUAGUAAAAAGCGUACUAUUUCAGAGUUUUUUUAAUUUUUGUUGCAGCCUAUUUGAUAGGAAAAAUGUAAGAGGUGGGUCAUUAAAAUAAAACCUUAGUAUGUUUUUUUUUUACAUAUGAUACCACGUAUGUAGUAACUAAGAAACAUCAGAUAUUGAAUAAGUAAUUUCCAUCCUUUAGGUUUCUACCCUGAUGCCUCCUAUAUCAAAAUUAUUUUUCUGAGAAUUUUCAGUUUUCAGGCCCUCAAUGUAACAAUCCUCAAAUGACACGUGACUUACUUCCCUUUUGACAAUUGAGCCGCUAAACUGAAUGCAGCUAACUUGAAAUUCCUUUGCAACUUGCCUGUGUCUCCCUUCAGUAUCCCUUUCAAUAAGUUCAGCCUCUUGUUUUCUUCACACUGAUGCUAUAUUCUGCCCUGUGGACACUUCUAUUACAUUAUUUUUUUGAUUUUUAUUCCUCAGGUAUAGUACUGAUUCAUCUCCUGGUUUUGAUCAAUUACUCUGCUUUCCACCCUGUUGUGUAAUUUUGUGAUCACCAUCCAUACCUGAGGUUCAAAGUUCAUCUCGGAGGUUUCAUUCUACAAUUCUAUCCUCCCUAAUUGGCUUGUGCUUAGUUCUCUUUCAGAAGAUAAUUUUCAUUAGCUCUGGCUGGAAUGCUUCCCUGCCCAUAUAUGCAUUAUACAACUGAUUUUUGUUUUUCCCCAAGUGUCUUUUUUACAACACUAUCUUUCCCUUCAACCCAAAAAUGUACUUCUGUAGCUAAUUCCCUGUGAUUAAAAAAAAAAAGGCUACUCUAGCAGCAAACAUGCAUAUCUAUAUAAAAUGCUAAUUAGGUAGCUAGUGAAAUAAUCUCCCUUAUUUUCUAAAUUCUGCUAGCCUGUUCUCAAAGUUUUUCAGGUUCACUUCUAUGGUGGUGCAUCAUGUUUAAUUCAGGCUGUCAGCUCCUUGAGCAGCAACCUGCCACUUCUUAUUAGUCUGUAAAAUGCUGUACACAGCUGUGGCACUGGAGAAACAGUAAAAAUCGUACUGAAAUAGGUUAGGCUGAGAGCUCCAACAGAUUUUCAUGUCUUUCUGAUACUGAAGUAACAUGGCAGAUGGCCUAAUUAUUAUUAGCAGUUCCUUCCCUAGCAAAUCUCUUCUGAGAAGAGACAUGAGGACCAUUUAGUAUGAAACACUCCCACAGACAGCAUCAGAAAUUCCUUCAUGAUAGAAUAUCUAACAAAAUCAGACAAGUUGCAUGGCAUGGCUCUUCCAUCAAUAGGACCAAGGUUUCUUUUGGUGGUAUUUUUGUAAAGCUAAUAAAAUUUUAAUUGUCAAGCUAGGCAUACAUUUAAUUUUUUUUCCAAGAACAUACUUUUAAAAUUAAUUUUGAUAAUUGUUUCCUAUAUCUAGGCUUUUUCUCUUUUUGCUUGCUAAAUUGUGAUAUUUGCAUUAACUUGUAGAUCCUUUAUACCCUGAGGGGUUAUUAAUAUUCAGUCUCCCUAUUUCAGGGGCUGCAUGAGUGUUCUGAGGUAUUCAAUUUGAGUGGGUUCUGGCUAGACCCCCAUCCCCAUGCUAUUUAAAUCAAUCUGGAGCUAUUCAACAACAUGCUAUUGUUGUGGUUUUUUAGUUUUUUUGUUUUGGUUUGGUUUUGUUUUUUAAACUCAAACAUUAAUUGUUGGUGAAUUAGGUUUUGCAUUACAUUGCAGUAUUCUUCCAAUCAUUGCUCUCCAAGUCCCACUACCCUUGGGCUAUCCACUACCUCUUUACCCAUUUUGCUUUGAUAAACAGCUGUGCAUUGCAAUUCCUUCCUCAUGUUUAAGUGACUUCAGCAGAACACAGACUUGAAACAAAAAUGAAAAUUGCUCAGUCUCUGUGAUUUUCUUUAACAGUUUCACUUUCAAAACCAUCUUGCUUCCCCUCUCUUUUUCAUAUUUCUUCAGGGUCACAUCAGUGAGUGCAAGCUAUGAGCCACCCUUUGAAGCUGCUAUGUAACAAACAUUUUCUGUUAAUGCCAAACUCUCAUCCUAUGUUGAAAACGUUUUUACCCUUCUAUGGUAAACAUUACUGCAAAUAUGGCCUCCUGAUUUAGUUUUCUCUCUGUACUGUAUAUUUUGUUCUGUACAAUAUAUUUUAUUCUCUUCUAGCAAAGAGGUGGUCUUGUGUCUAACAUCUUCAGUGGAAUAGAAAUGCAUGCAUCUUUGACUACCUGUUCUUUAUCUCUCACUGCUCAGUGUUCUAAAUUUACACCUUCUCCAAUAUACUUUGUAUUUUUUUUACUACAGGAUUUUUGAAUGCAGCCUUUGCUUUUAAAGGUGGUGUUAAAUCCCUGUACUUCAGGACCUUAGCUAUGCCAUAUUUAUGUUUUGUUUUGGUUUUUUUUAACACUUCAUGUGACUGUUUCCUGGCACAAAAUUGGUCCUUUGUGCCAGGGAAUAUCAAUGUUGUCCAUUGCCCUGUAAAAUCAAUCACCCUCAGUCAUUGCAAAACACCAUUUCAUGUGUGCUGUGGAUAAGUAGAUUUAAAAUAAAGAGUAACAAAACAAAAA